CGCUAGCAGGUGAACGGAGAGGACGUGACGGUGCUGCAUCCGCUCUGGCACGUGUGCACAGACAGUGUUAUUCCUCCUCAGAGUGUCGUGCUGCAAAAUCACUAACUAGAGAUUCUUGCUUAACAUCAUGUACAUAUUUGCUUAUCGUAUGUGAAUUAUGGUUGACUCGAAAUAGCAUUAGUUUCAAGAACGAAGAAAAUUGUUAUUGCAGUAAUUCCUCUCAGUGACCGUGAAUCCCGCAUACGGAGAGGAAACCCUGCAAGUUGGUUGGUGGUUGGCUUACAGUGCAUCGCCUCUGCGUCUCGCUCCUUGCCUCCCGGGAACGCUCCUCCCAUCGGUGACAGUCCAGUGCUGAGCGUCAGGCAUGGAGGGCAUGACGGGCCUUCCAACAACAGAGGCCUUGAGGGAGUCGCGGCGGUAGCGUGAUGGUGGGCGUGGUUUGAUCCUAGUAUGUGAUGAAGGUUCGCGGGUGGACGUGGGACACGUCAUGGGCUGUGGUGGGCCUAUGGGCGACAGUUUCGCUGCUGGUGGCGAUGGCGUCUCUCGCCGCUCUCUUCACGCCCACGUGGUUCGUGCGGCACUCACCUGCUCCUCCAAUCAUGUUUGGAGUAUGGGCGUGGUGCAUGGGCAGCCUGAGUGACCAGGAAUGUGCAGCCAUCGGACAAGGAAUCAGGGACACUAGUGGAGCGCUGCCGUCAGCGGUGUGGGUAAUGGUGGGCGCGGUGUAUGGAGGGGGCGGUGCCUUGUUGGCUGUCACGGGCCUUGCCGCGCUCCUCACGCCCAUCUUGCCAACCACUCACGCUCGUGCCGCCCUUGCUCAUGUUGCAGGCAACAUUCAGGCAGCAGCAGUGUCGCUGCAGGUGGUGGGGCUGCUGCUGUACCCGCUGGUCCUCGGGUCACCCUUCGCCAGGCAGCACUGUGGCUCAGCGGCUUCCGUCUACGCCGCGGGCACCUGUGAGCUGGGUUACGCCUACAUGUUGGCUCUUGUUGCGACAGCUUUGGCGGCCUACUGCCCAGUCCUAGCCAGGCUUGUCACUUACAAGGACUAUACUGAUUACAGAUCCAAUCUUAAUUACAUAUGAUGGCCGUGCGUGUGUUCCCGGCGCGCCAUCACACAUGCCGAGGGACUCCCACCCGAAGGACCAUGUAUGAAAUGUCUGCCCGAUAUACAUACACAGUUUGUAGCCCAUUUCAUACAUAAUGAAUAUUCUGAAACAGAGGGUAUGUCCGUAAUCUUGCAUGAGCGACAAUUUGCUGACGCUUAAAUGAGUCUUUUAGUGGCCUCUAGUGUUGCAACAGGCCUUCAGUUCAAUCAUUUGCUCCUCAUGGAAGUCAGUCCGCCUCUGCAAAACGGAGAAAAAUUAUAGAUUGUGUGUAGCAGUAGUUCAUGUCCUUGUUUAGCUUUAUGUACAUUGUUUGCAGCUUUCGUGAACUGAUGCGGCUCUUAACAUACUCCAGGAAUGCUCUUGUAAAUAAACUCUAUGAUUCUGGUUUCAAAUUUACUUUCUUAGCCGUAUCUCUUAGAUAUGAAACUGUCGGGUGAAAAAAAUCUUCCAUGAUCUGACUAUUUGAUUUGUAAUGUGAGAGAUUCAUAAUAAUGUAAGAAUUGUUUGAGUGUCGUGGCAAAGUCAAACGGUGUAAUGGAAAGAGAAAUAUGACCAGUAAACAAGAACAAUAGAAGAACUAUUGGGAGUCUUCGGUUGCCAAAUAAUAGAAGGAAAACUGAAAAUCACAGCUUUGCAAUGAAGUAGUUUUAUUUUCUUUGAUUCGAGUUAAUCGCGCCACGCCUGUCGCCUGAGCAGAGGCGCCGCUCCUCGCGGGAGAUAAAGGCAGCGCUCCAUCUUCACAUCCAUCACUCAGAAGAAGGUGAGAACUAAAUAUUCAUGUAAAUACUUACAUGAAAAGAAGGUUGCUAGGUCUUUGUGGGGAAGGAAUGGAAAUACUUGGAAGAAAGUAACACUGCCUUAUUUAAGGUUUUGGUAGAGGCAAGUUACCAGUGACGCUACGUACUGGUUAGUACAAAUGUACGUACGUACAUAUGAUGUUUGACGGCAUGGUGCAUGGAGUUUGAAAAAUAUCUUUGAUAUAUGAAGGUUCACUCCAUGAAACAAUAAGUCAAGGAGAGAAAAUAGACGAAUUACUAGGUAAAAUUCUGUUAUGUUUCAAAAACAAUACGAAUAAAUGUUCAUUGAGAGAA